UACUCUGUGACAUCUACCAUGGCUCUUCUUUAUCCAGCGACCAUAAUGAAGUUGCUCCUUGUUUUAAUGUCCACUCUCUCUCUUGUGGACGCUGCAGCUCUGUCAGCAUUGAUUUGUUCACAUCAACCAAUCGUAGCCCUGGCUGGUGAUGAUGUCAUUUUGCCAUGUCACCUUGAACCUGCAGUCAGUGCCAGUUCUGAGACAGUGGAGUGGACCAAACCUGGUUUGGACCCAGAGCACAUCCAUAUUCACCAAGAUGGACGACUGAUGUAUCAAAAUCCGUCCUAUAAUGAUCGUACAAUACUGUUUAUGGAUGAACUGACGAAAGGAAACGUCUCCUUGAAAAUCUUCAGCGUGAAAACUUCUGAUGCAGGAAAAUACAAAUGUUUCCUCCCUUUUAUACAGAAGGAAGCUUCUAUCCAACUCAUUGUUGGAGAGUCUGAUGUGAUUGGCUCACAUGAACCAGUUACAGUAGUAGUCGGUGAUGAUGUCAUUCUGCCAUGCCACCUGGAGACCCCAUUCGAUGUGAAGACUCUAACGGUGGAGUGGAAAUGCAAUAAAACUAUUGCGCACAUCUACAGAAAUAAGAAAGACGAUCUUGUAGAUCAGGAUCAGAAAUUCAAGGGUAGAACAUCUCUCUUCCCUGAUGAAAUGACCAAAGGAAACAUUUCAUUGAAACUGACCAACGUCACUGAACAGGACGCAGGAAUUUUCACCUGUUAUGUUCCCAAACUGCACAGUCAGGUCAAGAAAGGCAACAUUACCCUCAUUGUUGAGAAAAAGCCGGAACCCAUUAGAAGAAGUCAGACUGAUAAUGACAGUAUUGUUGGCAUUGUUGUUGUUGGCAUUAUUGUUACUUCCAUUGUUGGUGCUGUAUUACUGAAGAUGCGACAUGACAAGGGAGGACAGAACAUGGGAAACACAGGGGACUGUGAGGAGAAUAAUCCUGAGACAGUGAUUCUGAACGAGGAAGAUAUCAGCGACACUGCUUAAAUAAUGACUGCUGGUCUUAGUCCAUCCAAAUAUUCAAAUAUGUUUUAU